GUUCGCCCCGCUACACGGGCGUAUUGCCCGGAGGACCUGACUGUGUUGCAGUGAACCUUCCCGCCUGAGGUUCGGGUUAAGAUGCCUCUGGCUCCUGCAAACCAGGCCCAGCUGAUCCGGUCCAGUCAGAAGGAUGAAUUCUACCGGAGCCUCCUGAGGAACAGCGCUAACGAAGCCUGCCAGAGUGUCGCAGGAUCCAAACACUGGCUGGACUGGAGGAGAGAGGUGGAGCUGCUGUCAGACUUGGCUUACUAUGGUUUAACCACGCUCUCAGGUUAUCAGACUCUGGGCGAGGAGUAUGUGGGGAUCGUCCAGGUGGAUCCCUCCCGGCGGCAGAUCCCGUCCCGGGCCAGGCGCUGCCUCUUCGUCCUCUGUCACGCCUUUGUGCCGUACCUCCUGGAGAAGGCCCUGGUGUGUCUGGAGAACGAGCUGGAAGGCGGGCCGGAGGCGCGGCGGCGCCAGGCAGCGUCGGGGGCCUGGAGCCUGGAGCGCUGGCUCCGGAGGGCGGCGCAGAGCGCGGUGGGGCUGUUGACGGAGCGGCAGAGGAAGGCCUGCCAGCCGGCCGUGUUUGUGAUCCAGCAGAGCCUGGCCCUGCUGCACCGACUCCAUGUUGCUCUCUUCUACGUCAGCAGCUCCUUCUACCACAUGUCCAAGAGGGCAGCUGGAAUCGGCUACCUGUGUGUGACGGGGCCGAACGCUGAUGACUCGUCCAUCAGGAGAAGCUACCGGCUGCUGGGUUGCGUAUCUUUCCUCCAGCUGCUCGUCACUCUGAGUCUGCAGCUCAACAACCUGAGGCAGAGGCAGAGAGCCAGGCAGGAGUGGCAGCUCUACAGGAGCCUCAGUCCUCGGCACCCAGCGAGCUCCGCCUCCACGCCCCGACCUGCGCGCUGCAUCCUCUGCCUGGAGGCGCGCAGGAACUCCACCUGCACCCCCUGUGGACACCUGUUCUGCUGGGAGUGCAUCGCCGAGUGGUGCAACACCAAGGUCAGACUCUCUGGUCAGCUCCAAGACCUGAUGGACGUCACAGCUAACCCACCUCUAUCCAGCCGUCUGAUAACAAACACCAGCUUCCUGCUCUGCAUCACUUCUUCUUCUGUGAACUCUCCUUUUCAAUACACGAAUCAAACUUUUCAUGUAUAUAUAAUAUAUAUAUAAAAUAUUAGAUCACUUAAAAUGAUCAGUUUCCCUGAGUAUGUUUUGAGUAAAGUAAAUACUCGAAUAUUGCAAAGAAAACGAGUUUGGAUUCAUUUAGAAAGAGUUCAGAAAUCAGUGUUUGGUGGAAUAACUGAGAGGUUUUCAAUGCAGUGGUCUCUUAAUUUUCUCCAGAGCUGCAUAUGCCAAAGAAUCAUCCGGACGUGUGAAGAUCAGUUUUAUGUUGCAUGUGAAUUUAAAGGAUCCGCAGAAGGAAAAGCAACUGAAUAAAUGUUCAGAAAAGUGGAAUAAGGUCCGAAUGUGAUGGGAAGACAUUUCACUCUUCACGAUAUCAGAGAAGCUUGUCAUUUUGUCGCUGUUUCUUAACAUUGCAGUGACAAUAUCAAUCACAAUUAACCUAUAUUUACAGACACUUUUUGUUUCCAUAUGCAGAAUUCUAGCUUUAGAAACCCGAGCAAAGUUGCCCCCCAUCCCCUCUCCUUCUCCAAACCCACCUCCUGCAAAUGAAACACAAUUUGUGCAGCAAAGAGUUUGGUUUGUGCUGUAGAUAAGAUGUUAAUAAAUACAUGCAGAGAUGAUCAAAACUCAUCCAUCUGAUUGGGGUUGAUCUCUGCUUAGAUCUGGGAACAUUUUUAAUGGUUUAAUGGUUGUGCUGUGCGACAUUGACAACAGCAAUAAGAUGGAAAUAAAUAUCGUCUACAGAGAAGUCAUAGCAUUUUAUAUGACACUGAAAUGUGUGUGUGUGUGUGUGUGUGUGUGAUCCAGGCGGAGUGCCCUUUGUGUCGGGAGAAGUUCCUGCCUCAUAGACUGGUGUUUCUAAGGAACUACAGCUAGACUUGCAGCUGGACCACACACAGCUGAACUGAAGCUCGUCCUAAUUUGUGUAUUCAGUCGUCAUGGAGACCAGAACCUUCCAGCCUGCUGAAACUUAUCCGUCUGUCCUAAGGAGAACAGGAUACGUUUGGAUUGUAUCAAUCAGAUGAUGUAAAUGUCGAUGUCUGGGAAUUCCAGCGGUGAUUUAAAUGUUUUAACUUCAUCAGAUCAUAUCUUCUGGCAUGUUUUGUUUGAAUUAUUAUUUUAUGCGCUCAAUUUAUGCUAUAAGCAUGUGCUUAUAGUCAACAUUACUAUUUAGAAAAAAAAAUACUGCCUGGAUGAAGAAACUAUUGUUCUUAGGUUGCUCUAGUUCUAAAGUGGGCCUUUUUUUGGAUAAGCUCUGCUGGAAGUUCAGGAACUGAGAAAAAUUAUUCAUGAAAGAUUCUGAUAAAAACAUGUAGUUUUUUCUUUGACUAGCUAAUUAAAACAAUAAAGUUGUCACGAUCUAAAGGAAUCGUAAGGAGUUAGUUUGACGGAUUGUUCUUGUGGAUUAUUUUCAGCGUCAUGAUAACGCUUCUGCUACAUUAAGUAUAAACUCAGAUCUUAAUGUGUUUUUGUUGUGAAAAAAUCUAAUAUUUCAAAUUCCUGUCCCACCUUGGAUACUUCAUGGAAAACGCCAUCCUGCAGUUAAUAAUUACCAUUAGAAAAUAAAAGAGAAAUUUAUUUUCUUAAAGUGAAACGUUUAGUUUCAAAUAAGAUUUUUUUUUUUCUUGUUGGAAAAUCUUUUAAUUUGUAAGAGCAAUAUACAUUUUAAAUAAAUGAGCCUUUGUACUAAUGUGACUCUGGUUUAAAUAACAUCUCCACCAUUUUCAUGAAA